UUACCAAGGGUCAGCUUCCCUUGAGCAUGUACAAGCUUGGAUCUCGGUACUCCUCGCCCCGGCCAGCUUGAACCCAGGGGGCCCCCCAGGCAGCCUGCGGCAUGAUCUCCAUCACCGAAUGGCAGAAGAUUGGCGUGGGCAUCACCGGCUUCGGAGCCUUCUUCAUCCUCCUUGGAGUGCUCCUGUACUUUGAUUCCGUGCUCCUGGCCUUCGGAAACCUGCUGUUCCUGACCGGCCUGACCCUCAUCAUCGGCCUGUGGAAGACGUUCGCCUUCUUCUUCCAGAGGCACAAGCUCAAGGGGACCAGCUUCUUCCUGGGGGGUGUGGCCGUUGUGCUCCUGCGCUGGCCCCUCCUGGGCAUGUUUCUAGAAACAUACGGAUUCUUUAGCCUCUUCCGGGGCUUUUUCCCUGUGGCCUUUGGCUUCCUGGGCAAUGCCUUUAACAUCCCCUUCCUGAGUGAGCUGUACCGGAGGUUUCAAGGCACCAGCUCAAUGGUCUGAGCAGCAGAGAUGAGCUCCUUGAACUUGGAUCGUUGGUUGAGGGGGCUGGAAAGGAAAUGGGGCCACCCUCUCAGGCCUCCCUCCUGCACUGACUCACCUACCCCGCACACCCGGGCCUCUCCAAGUCCAGAAGGAAGGAUGGCCCCAUGUGACUGACCUCGGAUUCCCAAGCCAACGCCAGAGGCCGUGGGCAUUGUUGGGAGCAGAGCUCUGGGGCCCCACAGAGUUGGGCUGGGGCUGGGACCACACCCCGCUCUGUAGGGGAGAAAAAGCAAAGAUUAAAUCCCACGCUGUGUGUGUCUGA